GGCUGCUGCGCUUUAUUUCUAAAUAUGAAGUACGCGUUUGUUCAGCUUAUAGCAAUUGGAUUGCUGAUGUGCCUCUCCAUGGUGCAGGCCAAGUCAGGUAUGUGCAAUGAGGAGCACUCGAAGAAUGGCAUGCCAGAUGAUGGAGCUGCCUGCAUGGCUUAUAUGCCUAGAUGGACUUAUGAUGCCGCCAAGAAUGCCUGUUUAGAGUUUAUUUAUGGUGGCUGUGGAGGUAAUAACAAUCGAUUUAGCAGCCAAGAUGAAUGCGAGAAGACCUGCAAGAACUAAGUGGAGUGAGCAAAUAAUCAACGCGCAAAGUUUAUUUUGUACAAUAAAUUUGUGAAAAUUUCACUAUAA